UCCGCUUAGUGGCGUUCCGCCAUUCUUAUCACGUCGUCUUUACCGGCGACCGCCGCCCCAUUACUCACCCAUAGCCACCCAUGGAACUAUCGAGCUGUAUUUAUUUAUAUCCAUUCAGUACAGAGCGCGCAUUCACCGCGAGCGGCAUGAAAAAUGUCCGAGCCCGCCCCUGCCCCCAAAAAACAAGUGUUCUGCUGCUGCUGCAUCCCCCGAGAGCGCGAAGAACCGGAGGCGGUAGCGACCGCUCUUAACAGCACCGAGGCGGCGCCUGCAGUGGCGAAAGUGCCUUUCUCGGCCGACCUGCCCGCAGACUUAAGCAUUGGAAAAGCGAUCUGUGUCACCGGGACUGUGUUGCCCAAAUGCUCAAGAUUCGCGGUGAACUUAACAUGCGGAAGAAGUCCCAACUCGGACGUGGCCUUCCAUCUGAAUCCGCGCCUUCUUCAACGCUACGUGGUGAGAAACACUCGUUUAAACGGACAUUGGGGAAUCGAGGAAAAAACGUCCACGGUGAAGUUCCCCUUCUCGAGAACUAACACCAACUUCCUGUUGAGCAUCCUGGUUUGCGAGAAGGAGUUUCUGGUCUCCGUGGACGGGAUACACGUGUGCAGUUAUGCGUUCAGAGUGCCUUGGGAGAAGAUCACCCGGAUUGAAGUCCAGGGCGAAGUCGACGUGGUGAAUGUAGAAUACAAGUCCCUGGAAAAGUAUCCCGAAAUUGGCAAGCACACUCCUGAGGCAAGAAUCGUCGAGGGAUCCAAAGAAAACACCGACAGUGGCCUCAAAACUGGCAUGGAUACUCCGGUUACGUUUUUACUGCUGGAGGGUUUUCAGCGAAACUGCCAAUUAGAAAUUUACGGCAGGGUAAAAAUUCUACCCCAUUCGUUCUACGUUAAUCUGCAAGGGGGCUCGCAGCGCUGGCCGCGUCCGAAAAUACCGUUGCAUUUGAAUCCACGGUUUGGUCUGGAUUCUGGAGAGCCGUUGUUCGUAAGGAACGCUUGGAUUGACAACGGAUGGGGUCAAGAAGAGCGCACUCCUGGAUUCCAAUUUAAGCCGGGCUCACCUUUCAUCAUGGCAAUACGAAGAGAGAGCGAUCAUUUUUCUGUUUGGAUAGACGGUAAACUAGCUGGAGAAUUCAAAUUUAGAGGGGGUGUUGACGAUAUUGAUACCAUUUAUAUCGAAGGGGACGUCGUUAUAUUCGACGUCUGCAUGACCAAGGACAGUGAUAAAAAAGCGCCUUUAGCUGUUGUCGCCUAAUUUUAAUUAUAAGAGAAAGUUUUAUAGAUAUUGUUACCAGUUGAUACUUAGAUUUUUGUAACGUUCAAACUAGAGGAAAGACUGCUCAUUGUUUUAUUCAGGACCUGUGAAAAUUUCUAGUCAUGGGGGCUUGGGAUCAAUUUGUUCGUAAUCUCAACAAGUAUCAUAAAGUUGCGACCAAUUAUUAUGUAUUAACUACUGUAUUGUUUUUAUUGUGGACGUAGCAACUAGUCUAAUUUAUUGUGACGUUGUCAAUAUUUUAACGCAAAGAAAGGAAAUAAAAUUUUGUUAAGAUCGCACCUA